ACGCGGGCGACGCGGAAGUCUCGGUGGGGAAGGUAAACUUCGGUCAUGUAGAAAAACAGAAGGAAAGGGAGCAGUGAAGGACGCGCCCCGCCGCAGGUUGGGCCGCGGCUGUGAGAUGGUUCGGCGGAGCGACUUUUUCCUGGACGACUGAGAGCCUGGCCGCGCGCCGCCGCAGGUUCAACACCUGUUUAUCGCUCUGUCCUCCGUCGCACCCGAGCAUGACACCUGCUGGUGAAGCUGCGCACCUGCAUGUGGAGCUCAGGCCUGUGAAGGAGCAUCAGGGAGGCGGUUCACAGCACCUGCCGUGCCCCACUGACCCCCCCUGUCCCCACAAGCCCUGGCCACUCUCGAGCCCUGCUCCUGGUGCAGAGGCGUCCUCCCUCUCUCAGCGCAGGACCUGCUCUCUGUCCAACCAGAGCCACGACCGUGGUCCCAGCUCAGACCGGCCCGCUGGCGUCGGCGCCGCUCUCCUCUCCCCCUGGUCAACACAGUCAAAGAGGCCGGUGCUCCCGGGUCCGGAGGGGAGCACUUCCGUGGUGACGUAUGGCUACAUCCAGAAGGCCACCGUAGGCCGCCGCAGCUCUGCGUGUCCAGGUGACCUUGACCCGCCGCUCCCCCCAUAUAAAGGACGCAGUGACCCGGUUGCUUCUGGCCCGUCACUAAAGCGAGGGGACUCUCUGUCGCCACGCGCCUCGCCUCAUCUGCAGGGGCCGCUCCGCAGCGCUGUGGCUUGGGGAGCCACUUGUAGGGCUCUUGAGGAAUUUGGCUCCCCAGAACUGCGGCGCAAGUUUGGGAGCCACACCCCCGAGGGCUUCAGCCCGACCCUUCCUCGGCAGGGUUCCCCGUCCUGCCUCCGCUCAACAGUGCAACCACGCAACACCUGCACUUUGCCGUCCAGAAGCGUCCCCCUGGGACCCCAGUGGCCCCGGAGCCCCGCCUCGCACGGCUCCCAUGUGAUGGAGGUGCACCAGAGGAAAACAUGGCUCACGGAGGAGAGGCCCUGCCCUCCUGCCGCACAAGUCCACGUCGCGGGCCCAACCCCCCCACACCACAGGACCUGGCAGCCAGCCAGCACUCACCGCCCUGGCAGCGCUGGUGACACCAGGAGCCGCAGGUCGCCAUCGUCUGAUGCGUCUGGGAGUCGUUCCCCUGCCCCCUCGCACGAAGACUGGCUCAGGUCUGAGAGUCCCAAGAUGGGCCCCGUCUUCAGACAGCCUCCACCUUACAUGCACCGUCCCCAGCAGCAGAACCAGACGCUCUUACCAGACGGAAGCACUGCCCAACCUGCCCCAUCGUCCCCUGCAGCGCCCGCCCGGGCCCUGCGCCCGGCCCAGGACCCGCCUCCGCUGCGCCUGCCGGCACCACUGAAGGAGGACUCACGCUGGAACCAGCCAGUCCACUUGGUCCUCUCGUCCUCCGAUGAGAGCUCCAGCGCACCAAGCCCACACCUGGCCACUGUCAAAGGCACAGUCCAGGCAGAAGGCAAACCUGGAGCGGGAGUGUUAAAGAGCCAUGGAGCGGAGUCUCGGGACCAGGCUGGAGGAAGGUUGUCUCAGGGCUCCAGUGGAGUGACGGAUGCAUCCAGUCGUGACACCCCUGGAACGCGCGACAUCACCACGGCAACCAGAUCGCAGCGGCUGGCUCAGGCCAAGUGGGCGUUUCUGUUCGGCGAGGAGACGGAGCGUCUUCACAGGAACGAAGCUGCGCGCCCCUGUGCCGGCCCUCAGAGCAGGGCCCGGCCCCGGAGCAGGUCGUCCCACCAGGAGGUGAGGCAGAUCCAGGUGGAGCUGCUGAGCGCCGACGGCCGGAGCCCCGCCCCCAAGACGGGCAUCAUUCGCCGCACCAUCAAGUAUUCAGAGACGGACCUGGACGCUGUGCCGCUGCGCUGCUACCGUGAGACCGACCUGGACGAGGUGAUGCGGGCGGAGGCAGCGGAGGACGCAGACUCUGCCUUUGGUAGCAACCGCAGCUUCAGUCCCGCGUCCUCCUCGCCAAAGGCAGCGCGGCACCAGGAGAGCCAGGAGGAGGCGGUGAGCUGGGCCAGCGUGGGUCUGCAGAGGCACCGAGCCUCCAGAGAUGAUGAGGUCUUCAGCCUUGUGCUGCACAGGAAGGUGGAGUCUGUGGACCCCGCUCUGAAGUCUCCCCUGGUGGUUGGAGGUCCAAAGUCCCCGCUGCCUGUAGGCUCUCCUCACAGGACGUCCGACAGCAUGGACUCCUUCAGCCGGCACUUUGAAAGCAUCAUGGAGUCUCACCGGGCCAAGGGAACGUCCUACAGCAGCCUGGACAGCGUUGACCUCUUGACCUCGGGCUCCACCCCAGUCUUCACCUUCGACCUGCCCACGCUGACGCCCGAAAUUCAGAGUCGCAUCUGCGAAAGCGCUCAGCAGAUCAUGGACUUGAGUUUCUCCCCGCUGGUCGGAGCCGAAGCCUCCAAAUCUUCUCGCUCUGAAGUGUCUCUCAGCGCGGCGGCGCCGGCCGGAGGCCAGGCUCGCGCCUCCUCAGCUCACUCCAGGCUGGAGAAGGAGCCGCGUGGCGGCGUCCAAAAGGCCACCUCCGUGCCGCUGCUGCACAGCAGCCAAAGGACGGCGCACGGCGGCAGCGACGACUCGCUGGCUAACGGCUGGAAACCCGACCGACAGGCCGCACGGCGCCUGGCCAAGCGUCUCUAUGACCUGGAGGGGUUCAGGAAGUCAGACGUGGCUCCGCACCUGAGCAAGAAUAACGAGUUCAGCCACAUGGUGGCAGAAGAAUACCUCAGCCACUUCGACUUCUCCGGCCUGCCCCUGGAUGAGGCGCUCAGGAAACUUCUCAGUCGCUUCGCCCUCAUUGGGGAAACGCAGGAACGAGAGCGAGUCCUGACACACUUUUCCAGAAGAUUCCUGCAGAGCCAUCCGGAGACCAGUCAAGACAGCAUCCACACGCUGACGUGUGCCGUCAUGCUGCUGAACUCGGACCUCCACGGACACAACGUGGGCAAGAGGAUGUCGUGCCAUCAGUUCAUCUCCAACCUCGACGGUCUCAACGACGGCAAGGAUUUUCCCAAAGAGCUGCUGAAGAACCUCUACAGCUCCAUCAAGAACGACAAACUUCAGUGGACCAUUGAUGAGGAGGAGCUCCGAUGUUCAUCCGAGCCGCUGGACUCCCGGACAGACUUGGCGUCGCACACCCUGAAGCGGUCUGGGACCAGACGCCGCCCGCACUGCGAGGAGGAGGUCUACAAGAGCGGCUUUCUGGUCCGCAAAGUUCACGCCGACCUGGACGGGAAGAGGACGCCGCGCGGUCGACGCAGCUGGAAGUCCUUUCACGUGGUCCUGAAGGGCAUGAUGCUCUACCUGCAGAAGGAGGAGCAGCGUGCGGAGGAGGACGUGAGGAACGCUGUGUCCGUCCAUCACUCGCUCGCCAUGAGAGCCGCCGACUACCACAAGCGGCCGCACGUCUUCUACCUGCGGACGGCGGACUGGAGGGUCCUCCUGCUGCAGGCGCCGAGUGGCGAGCAGAUGCAGUCGUGGAUCACACGCAUCAACCUGGUGGCGGCCAUGUUCUCGGCUCCGCCCUUCCCCGCCGCCAUCGGCUCCCAGAGGCGCUUCACUCGCCCGCUGCUCCCGGGGUCCAACACCAAGCUGUCGCCGGACAAGCAGGUCCAGUCCCAUGAGAACCGCUUCCGUGCGGUGACCUCAGAGUUGGCGGAGCUGUCAGCCAUGACGCCGGAGCCCAAGGUCAAAGGUGGUGAGCUGGAGGAGCAGAAGCUGCGACGGGAGUACCUGGAGUUCGAGAAAACGCGCUUCGGCACCUACGCCAUGCUGCUGCGAGCCAAGAUGGCUGCAGGCGACGGCGACCUGGCUGCCUUUGAAUCGGCGUUGCUGGAGGACGACGUCCUCCAGAGGGCGCACUCCAGUCCCGCCCAGGAGCUGGACCGGAGCGUCGCCGGCGGGGGCGGAGCCACGCCGCAGAACGGAGCAGCGAGCAGCAAAGAGACUGAGGAAGCUGCGGUCACCAAGUGACCCGAGGUGGAGUCCACGGGGCGGACGCACUGUGUGUUUGUCAUGUGACCAAGGGUUCAGGCCGUUGAACAGAGACUUGAUUUAUUUAUUGAGCUGUGACGCGCUGACCCCGCCCACUUUAGUCCUCAGACGUCAAUAAAGUACUUCACACUCGUGCGUAAUAUCUCUCGGGGUCAUGUGACCAAGCGCUAGAAAAAAAUACUUUUAUUUUGGUAGAUCUGAUCAACAUCCACUUCCCCCCAUCUGCAGCGGAACCUUCAUCCCUGGUUGGCUGCGUCGGGCUCCUCGUCCACGGGUUGGCUGCCGAAACCACUGUCCACUGCCGCGUCUGAUGGG